AUGUGUCAGUACAGUUUCAUUGAAACUCAGCUUAACAUUCAGCUUUCUAACAUGUCUCGGAGCAGUACAGCAAGCCAAAGCCGAUAUGGCACUAUGGAGAAACCCCGGCGAUCUGGAAGAUACAGCAGCUCCAGCAGCCGCAGCAGCUCCAGAGACGUGCUGUGUGAUUUUUGCAUGAUUAAGAAGAACAAGGCAGUAAAAUCAUGUCUGACUUGCUUAACCUCCUUUUGUGAAACGCAUCUCCAGGCUCAUUAUGAGUAUCCAGCUCUCAUGAAGCACAAACUGGUGGCGGCGACAGGGCAACUGCGUGAAAAGAUCUGUGGCGAACAUGACAAACUUCUGGAAGUUUUCUGUCGUUCUGACCAAGUGUGUGUUUGUGUUUUGUGUAUUAUGGAGGAACAUAAAAAACAUGACAUUGUUUCAGCAGCAGCUGAAAGGACGGAAAAGCAGAAACAGCUUGGGGCUAAACUAAUGACUUCACAGCAGAAAAUUGAGGAAAGGAUGAAGAAAUGGCAAGAUCUCAGGCAGGCAAUGGCAUCUCUAAAGCAUUCAUCGCAGAGUGUGCUGGAUGAGAAUGAACGUAUUUUUGCUGAGCUGCUGCGAGCGUUGGAGAGGAGGCAUGGAGAAGUGAAGGAGAUGAUUCGAGCUCAAGAAGCCCUUCUUUUGACCAAUGCAGAGAGACAUUUGGCCAGACUGGAGGAAGAGAUUACCCUGUUGAGGAAGAAACACACUGACUUGGAGCAGCUCUCACAGUCUGACGAUCACAUUCAUUUCUUACAGAGCUGGCAGUCUCUUUCUGCUCCUUCUGGAUAUGAAGAUUUGUCGAAGGUGACAUUAGCGCCUCACCAUACAUUUGACAAUGCAAAGAAAGCCAUCUCUGACCUAAAGGUGCAAAUAGAAGACAUAAGCAAGGAAGAACUGAACAAAAUCUCUUCAGCAGUGAACGAGGUUAAAAUUCUCCAGACUGUGGACCCAGCAAAAAGAGAGGAGUUCUUUGAAUAUUCCUGUCAGCUAUCAAUAGAUCCUUUAACAGCCCAUCCAAACCUGCUCCUGUCGGACAGAAACACUGUGGUGCAGAUGAGCAAUGAGCCCAGACCGUACCCGGAUCAUCCUGAUCGCUUCGACUAUUGGCAACAGGCACUGUGUAAGCCGGGUCUGGCAGGAGGACGAUAUUACUGGGAGCUGGACUGGAGAGGAACUGAAGUGGACAUUGCUGUCUCCUACAAAGGGAUCCAGAGGAAAGGAAAUGACAAACCUUGCAGCUUCGGAAAGAAUGACAAGUCUUGGAGUUUGUACUGCUCUAAAUCCGAAUACUCGUUUGUGCACAACAGCAAAAGCACAGCUGUAUCUGUGCCCAGGUCCUCAAGGAUAGGGGUUUAUGUUGACUAUGAGUCUGGGACACUGGCGUUUUAUAGUGUUUCUGACAAAAUGACACUGCUGUACAAAGUGCAAACUAAAUUUACUGAGCCUCUCUACCCUGGCAUUGGAGUCUGGGGAUACGGGACAACAGUACGACUGUAAUAACGCUGUAAAAACGACAUCAGUAAAGCAUGAAAACAUUCUUUUUAUUGUAAUUUCACUCACUCACUUUCCUUCGGUGAGUAGUGGAUAGUCCACAUUAAUUCCAUGAAGGCCUUUUGUGGGCUAGCGUAUUCUGGUAGGCUACGCGCAGUACUGUAAAAAUACAGUAGUCCUACCUAUGAGUAAAAAAUGAAUGAUGUAACUUAUUCACUCAUCUUCCUUUGGCUUAGUUCCUUUAUACCUCAGGGGUCACCACAGCAGAAUAAACCGCCAACUUAUCCAGCAUAUGUUUCACACAACGGAUGCCCUUUCCAGCUGCAACCCAGUACUGGGAAACAUCCAUACACACUCAUUCACACACAUACACUACGGCCAAUCUAGUUUAUUCAAUUCACCUAUACACACAUGUUUUGGACUGUGGGGGAAGCCAGAGCACCCAGAGGAAACCCACAUGAACAUGGGGAGAACAUGCAAACUCCACACAGAAAUGCAAACUGAACCAGCUGGGACUUGAACCAGCGAUUUUCUUGCUGUGGGGUGACAGUGCUAGCCACUUAGCCAUCGUGUCGCAGUUGUCGCCCCAUGAUGUAACUUAAUA